CAGCUUCCGCUGACACCGGAAGUCUCACUGCAAGCUGCCGCUGGCUGCCACAAUUUGAGUUUGCUGUCACUGGGGCAAGGACACGCAGGGCUGCAAUGACAUUGUGCAAGUUAGCUAAGUAGUCCUUACUAGCUCGUUACUAACGUCAAGCCGCUGGUUACCACUCUAUAAAAUAUGUCAUGGAGAUGCGCUGGCUGAACCUCUGUCGGUCUUAACAAGGUUUUCGUCCGCAACAGGUCUCAAGGACAUAGUGUCUGUGUCUUUGCAGUGUCCUCUGUGCUGUGGGUGAUGCUCUGCUGGUGACUGCAGUUGCCGUGGCCCUGGUAGUGAAUGGCUGUGUGCAGAGGUGUUCUUGCUUUCUGGAUGGGUUGUGUUGGCAGCCAUGGCAGAAGGCAACUCAUCAAAAAACGGAGCUGGACCCUAAACCAGGCAGUCAAUUGGUUUUGGAUCCCUCAAACACGCCCCCUGAGCAGUGCAUCAUGGGCCCUGGAACCCCCCAACAGCCUGCGAUAUCAGAACAUUAAGCAGCCAGUGCUCUCCCACCCAUUCCACAAUGUCAGCCAUCUUCAGAGAGAAGGCUACUAUGAGGAGGACUUGGAGGAGUUUCUCAGAGUGUGUGUGCUGUUGCAACAGGGUGAGUCAGAUGGUCUCCACACCCUGCUGGAAAUCCCUCUAUUCAGUCACAUUAAACUCAGAGAGAUCCUUGCUCUGGGGGCUCACAAAUCCUCUGAGUUCUCCUUUCCCCUAACCAUGGUGAAUGGCAGCAGAGAGGAUGAUAUCAGCAUGGACAGCUUUAAGAAAGAACGAACCGAUGCUAUAACGAGAAAACAAGGCUGUUUUAGGAGCCUGUUUGAAGCGGAGAGGUGUCCUGCACCGUUCGUGUGCGGCUCCCACUAUUAUUGCUUCCAUUGUCCGGGCACAGAACCUGUGGCUUGCAGUGAGCUGAAAUCUAAGAGGCUGGGUAUUGGACUUGAUGAAAAGCCUGUGGAGCUACCUCUUCUGCAUCCUACCACUCUGUGUAGCCAUACAGAGAGAGAAGAGGAUGGAUAUACUAAAGGAGACACUGAAGAAGAGGAGAAGUUGGCUGUCAUGUAUGAAAGACUGGGUAUAGAGCUUCCAAGUUUCUUUAUAAAGAACCAUGAUUACACCAUGUACUCAAAGGAUAUAGAAUUCCUCAAUGGCCUCAUGAAUACCAAGACCAGAGGCCGUGUGCUGUACCAGUUAAUCCUCUCCCUGUGGCGCCUACUGUGUGUGUUUUACUACUCUGAGGCUCAGUUGGAGGUGCUGAAGCUCACCAAACACAUGGAGGACAGAACCAUUAAGGCCCGCUGGAGGAUUAGGGGCCUGCCCUUCCACUCUGUGCUGCGCUUCUAUCGCAAAGACAAAUCUCACCUUUAUAGGUCAUAUGAUGCAUUUUCUACAUUCUACAUUGGACAGGAUGGACUCAUUCAUUGUCAUAAAGUUGAAAAGAUGAUGCCAGCUCAGCCCCCUGUCGCGCCCAGGAUAACUUCCCUCAUGGCGGGGGCGGUGGCUCUAGGGGUGCAGGAGCAUCGACCUGCUCUCAACCUGUUGCCCCUCUUCCUUUCCUCGCUGCGACAUACCAGAAACUAAACCAAGGAUAACCAUUGGAAGAAUAUUGGCUUGUGUAAUCAACAAUAUGUCCAAGGUUUAUGUGACUCAAAAGUUUCAUUAAUUUUCAACAGAGGGACACAAUAAAAAUGGGUUAAACAUUCUGUUCUAAAAUGUAGUUGCCUCCUGCUCUCUUCUAUGUAAUUACAGUUUAGAUAUUAUUGUGUAAUCUUAACACAGUAUCCACAGUCUCAUGGUUGUCAUCUCUACCAGUCAGUCUACUGCUAAUGUUGGAAAAACUAUUUCAAAUUUGAGAAUGUAAAACUCAACAUUUCUGUUUCGGCCUUGACUAGGUCUUUAUGCCUAGUUUAUACUCGCAUGCCAGAAAUUUGGUAAUUUCCACUGGUGUGUGCCUAGGUUUCAGCUUCAUUUCAUCUAGUCGCGGACCUUUCAGUGAGUCUGUGAAUGGGCCAGUCUCUACAGACAUUUUUAUGCACUCACAUGGCUCCAGGAGGUAGAUUGCAAGGGGUAAGAUUAGGCAUUCUGCAAGAAACUAUGGAAAAAGUUCUGCAACUGGUUUGUCAAGGCUAAGAAGCACCCACACUGCCUUUUUCUCGGGAUUUAGUUCUAUUUUUCUCAGUGGCGAUAGCUACAGUGCCUUGCAUAAGUAUUCACCCCCUUUGGACUUUUCUACAUUUUGUCAUGGUAUAACCACAGAUUAAAAUUUAUUUCAUCGUGAGUUUAUGUAAUGGACCAACACAAAAUAGUGCAUCAUUUGGAAGUGGGGGGAAAUAUUACAUGGAUUUCACAAUUAUUUACAAAUAAAAAUCUGAAAAGUG